ACUUGCAAAUGCAGCUUUUUGCCGGACGUUCUGUCUAAUUGCUUAGUGAUGUAGUGUACUCUCUGUGCAAGAUGUGUGCCUACUCAUGGGCCAGUUUUGAAUUUAAACCGGAUUUUAUCUUUUCCGGAUUAUUUUUGUUCCCGAUGGCAUCUAUUCCGAAUAAUAUCUUGUUAUGCCAUCUUUGCCGUCCCGAUUUCUUUCGUGGGCCGAUUUGGCUUAGCAUAAUCAAUAGUAACGGCAAAGAUGACCUAAUAAUUAUUAAUACAAAGAUGAAGUCCUUCAAAAUAUAAGAAUUAGAAACAUUUAUAAUAUUCCUGGUAUGUUUAAGAUAGUUGACAGCACGUUUCUUGGGCGGAUCUCAACAGAGAAAUUAUAGAGCCAGAGUUACCAAAAUAUCUAGUUGUUAAAUAGACAUGGUCCAUGAGUAAUAUAUAAAGAUAUAAGGUAGUUUUAUAGUUUCGUGGGAAACCUUGGUCGAUAGGUUUUAAAUCUUAAUGCUUCUAGCGUAUAACAGGGCGAAGAAUUGUGCAGCUGAACCCGUUUGAAUGCAAUUAUUGAGAGUACAUUUAUAAAUCCCACAGGCACAUACCUCAAAUAGAAACUGUGAUAUUUUUUCUAUCCGAAUUAUCUUAGCCUAGCAGUCGACUCCUAUUCUUGAUUCUACAAACGCACAUACGCUUCAAUUGCUUACGUUGUUACUUUACAUCCUUCGCACUUCGCCUAUCGUUUGUUGAAGUACCAACCUAUUCGUUAAUAUUUUACCUAUGAAAUCUCUUUUAAAUAAUAAACUUACUUUUCAAAUUUCAUCCACUACACGGACUUAUGUUGUGUUGACUUUUUCUGCCUCUUCAAACUUCUACUUGUACGUGCCUUCCGGUAUAUAGUCGACACAAUAUGGUCUACAACAUAUGAUAAUGUAUACCACCGUUUGCAAAAGUACAGUUGACACUAGACACACUUUGAAUAUUUAGACACGAAUCUAUGCAGCGAGAAGACGUAAUAGUAAGACGUUGAUUGAGGAAAUCGCAUAUGCUGCUCGCGAAACUGCAAUUACUCCAAUUUCCUAGACAUUCGUAGUCGCACUCUGCUCGUUAUCAUCGAUCCUAUUUUGUGCAUAUUAUAGACUCGUCAGUCGUCAUGUAUUACUGUUUGAAGGGAUUGCACGAGCGAGCCAGAUCAGCGAGGGCAGCAGUAGCAGCUACUGAUGCAGCGGAAGCAGCACUUAUUAAAGAGAAAGAUGUAGUGGUCAAUGCUAAAUCGAUCCUCGCCUCCAAAGUAGCCCCGUACGUGUUGAUAAUACACACCGGCACAAACAACCCUGCCCUGGAUAAGAUUGAGAAAUGGGAGGAUGGCAGGAUGAGCUUCAUUCUCAACCCUCAGACCACACAGGCCUCCCCACUCUUCCACGUAAAGGAGCUCUUCUCAGCCAACAGGGAGUCUCACAUCAGAGUCAGCAAGUAUCUCCCAGACUUUGUGGGUAUCCCGGAACAGCUAAAGAUUUCUGUGGAAAGUAAUAAGCUGGAGAUCAUUAAGGAGGCCCUGUACAUAAGGGAGAUCACAAUACUGUACAAACACAAGUUUUACAGGUUCCCAGUAAAUGACUACCUGUUCCCCCACAACCCCCUACUGAUGGACCCGCAGGAUGUGUACGAUGGGUGUCCUCCAUAUGUCAUCUCCAAGUGUGGUAAAGGUACUUUCCUGGCGAAUGAGACGGAUCCAGCAGUACUGGCUGCUAGAAUGAAAGAGCUUGAGUUGAGAAGAAAGCAUCUGGACUGGGCCCCGAACAAUGGACCUCAUGUUAUUCCGGGGUGCACCAAACAGGUCAACUACGACAAGCUCCCCCGCUUCCUCAAGUUCAAGAAUGCUAGACAGAAGGCUUUCCAGCUCAAUCUCAGACGAGGGCACAAUAUGAUGAAGCGAACUGUCAUCGAGAACAAAAUAAGCGUCAUUUUUGGUAAAGACACUCCGGAACACUUCAAAAGCUUCAAAGAGUUUGAAACAUUGUUUGUAGAACUAGCAGAGGAUCACGGGUAUGAUUUGGGGAUGGUAGACGAUGUAUUGAGCGUCAUUAAGUACUGGAAAACAGACGAAGAGUUCACGAGACAGGAGUUAGCAGGAAUCAACCCAGCUCGGAUCAUAAAGAUCACCACUUUGCCGGACACGUGGGACAACAUGUUGGACAUGCCGGAGCAUGUCAUGGGGGAGGGGGUCUCGCUGCAGGCAGAGUUGGAAGCAGGGCGGAUGUACAUGAUAGACACGAACAUGCUAGAAGUAGUAGGAGACGGGGGUAUUCUCAUGCCAAUCCUAACAGGGUUCUCUCUACCCAUGAUCGUGUCUCUCGGUGACUGUCUCUAUUAUCACGACAGGGUGGCAGACACUCUGAGACCCGUUGCUAUCAGGCUGGAAUACAAGAACGGGGGAGAAGCACCAACUUUCUGGUUUCCACCCAAACCAUCAGACUCAGAGAUAUCUCCCGAGUAUCUGUCUUGGCUUCAAGCCAAACUUUACUUCAGAUCUUCAAAUAUGCAGAUUCACGCUAUCCUGACUCACUUUGUUCGGGCUCAUGCUGUGGUUGAGGUGUUUGCUAUUGCCAUGUACCGCUGUCUACCCAAACAACAUCCCCUACACAAACUCCUCCAGCCUCAUCUGAUGGGCGUCAUCCCAAUUAACGUGCAGGGUCGAGAGUUCUUGACGAAGAGUACCGGAGUGAUGGCAGCUCUGAUGGCAUCAGGAGAUAAGUUGUGGAGUCUGGCUGAUGUGUUCAUGAAACAGUUCCGCUACGAACACCUCCUUCACCCUGAGGACGUUAAGAGGCGUGGAGUUGAGGACAUACCCAACUACCACUACAGAGACGAUGGCAUGAUGUGGUGGAACAACUUAAAACAGUACUGCGAGGAGUUUAUUGCUCUUCACUACACUUCUGACGAGCUUGUUAAGGGGGACUCUGAGCUACAGAACAUGGUCGAUGAGAUCAAGAACCAAGGUUACAAACGGCUCCCAGAGCAAGGAGGCUUCCCCGGCUCCCUGGACACGAUCGAGCAGCUGAUUGAAUACACCACCGCUCUCAUCUGGAACGGCUCUAUCUGGCACACAGCUGUCAACUUCGGGCAGUUCAACUACUUGGCUUUCGUACCAAACGCACCAUGCGCCAUGACCAUGCCUCCACCUCCACAAGACGAGACUAUAACCAUGGAGAGGAUCCUCCUGUCACUGCCGGUAAAAGAGAUGGCACGAGUACAGAUAGACAUCUCCUACUCCCUCUCCCUCUUCUCCCCGGUGGAGAAGUUCUACCUGGGUAGUGUGAGGGAGGAGAAGGAGGACCUGAGGACAGAGACCAUGAUGGUUGAUGAGAAGGAGGUGCAGUGCAUUGAGAGGCUUGUAAACAGGCUCACUGAUAUGCAGGAACAUAUUGACAAGAGGAACGAUGGACUCAAGAUGCCUUACAUGAUCAUCAGACCGGAUUUGACUCCCCUUACCGUACAAACGUGAUGGAAGGACUGUUUUUCUGUUUAAUUUUUUUUCUUUCGUGACCGUAACUUGAUAAAUAAAGCUUUACUAAACUUUGCAUGGUACAUGGUUUAAUAAAAUAUAUUAAUAUUAAGUUAUCUUUGACUGUUUGUACUUGUAGGGUACUUUUGAAAUGCGAUCAUUUAUUUCCCAUUUCAGACUUGUAAAAGUCUUGAUAUUUUAACUUUAAUUGACAAUUGAACAUAUUUUGUUGCCAAAUUAUCAUUUUAUGUCAUGUUGAGUUAAUAAUUUGUUAUUACUUUAUUCCUGCUAUCAUUGCACUUC